GAAAUUGCGGACUUUAUCAAUAUUAAGACUGAAUGAGCUUAGUAAGGAUAAUACCUACAGUUAAGAAUUGAUAGGAAAGGGCGACGUGAUCCGCUGCAGAUUGUGGUACCUAAAUUCUUUUACUUUUUCUUUUUGCAUAUUCGUUGAGUCACUGGCCGAUGCAACUUAAAUUAGUACAAGCUUAGCUGAACAUAACCAUCAUCUUCUCAUACGAUCGCUUGCCAAUGGCAUUCAAAUAACGAAAUGAAUAGUAGUAUGCACAUUCUCCGAGGUUCGUAUAAAGUCUAUACGAAGCUCUCAUCAACGAUGCCUGGAAGAGUGUAAUCCCGCAACUUGUCUUAGUCGCCGAUAUAAUCACCUCUUUGUGAUCGUUAUUUGCGGAACGCUUAAAUUGGCACUAGAAACAACUACUUUGCGAAGACAACUUAAAUUUAGAGAUGGCUGCAGCGAGUCGCGAAGAGAUCACUUCAAGCGUCCUCGAAACCCUCAAAGGGACACCCUAUGAGGCAUCUUCAUUAGAAGUACUAUCAGGGGGUACAGCCAACUUCAUAUAUCGAGUAACUUUAUCUCGGCCACUCGAGGACGGGACACAAAAUGUCUUAGUCAAGCAUUCCGAGGAUUACGUUGCGAACUCCCCGACCUUCAAAUUGACCCUAUCUCGUUGUCAUAUCGAAGUAGGAUGUCUAAAGGCGUUAUCGGACUUCCCUAUCGCUGGCAAGGCAGAUGAGAACGAUAAUUAUAACUUCAUCGUUAGAACGCCUAAGUUCUUCUAUUUUGAUGAGACAAGCAAUAGUCAGAUCCAGGAGUAUCUGCAAGAUGGCGUCGAUUUGAAGAACUAUGCGCUCACGACUUAUGUCAAUUCAAACUCAGAGACAACGAAACACCAAGCAGUCCAACUAGGAAAGGCCUUGGGCAGAUGGCUCCGAGUUUUUCAUCAUUGGGCCGCUCAACAGGCAGAAUUGCGAAGCGUGGUUGACAAAAACAAGGAGUUGCAGCAAUUGAAGCAUUUCAUCAAUUAUUCAUGGUUACUAGAUAGGGUAAAACAGUUCCCAGCAAUCCUUGGUGAUGCUGAAGCUGUCUUUAAAGGAGUAAAGGAUAUGGCUGCCAUAGAACUGAUCGACGAGAGUCAACUCCAGGUAAUUCAUGGUGACUUCUGGUCAGGAAAUAUUCUAUUACCUAAGAACCCAAUCCAGGAGGAAGCGGAUGUACCGAUGUUCGUCAUCGACUGGGAGAUGGCACAGCUGGGGAAACCGAACUUGGAUCUAGGCCAGAUGAUUGCCGAGUUAUACGAAUUGAGGCUGUACAAAGAUAUUAUAGCUGGCCUUUGGAUUAUCCAAGGAUUUGUGAGUGGUUAUGGCGCGAUGAGCGAGGAUUUCGCUUUCCGCACCGCAAUCCAGACCGGAACUCAUCUCAUUAGUUUUGGGACGUCGGUCCAAGGCUGGGGCACACAAGAGCAGGUGGAAAACUGCGCGCGCGUCGGGAAGGAGAUCAUAGUCCGCGCGUGGAAGAAGGACCGCCAAUGGUUUGAAGGGGGCGAUCUUGCUUGUCUGUUUAACACAACUGGAUGAAUUGUUAUUAAGCUAUACAACGAGCAAUGAGAAUCAGUUACUAUACCAUACUCCAGUCGACGAUGAAGAAAAACAACAAAUAUAUGGCUGGUGUUGAAUUAUAAGGUUACCAGAUGAAGUGUAAGUAAUAAGGAUAAUAGGGGAGAAAUUCCGGCCCCACGUGAUCCCUAAAGAAAGAAUUCUCAAUGACUCAAGCCUAAUUUUCAACUUAAACGACAAUCAAUACACG